CAUCUGUUUCCUCCAUUGUUCUUGCCUUUUAAAUUGCCUCAUCCACCUUCAAAGCUAUCCCAGCACUAAGGGAUAUGAGUAUGACAUUCUGUUAUCAUGGCCCUCUUCCUCUCAAAUUAAGAUUGUUAACUGUCAGAGCUGUAAAUUCUCCUGAGCCAGCUGUAGAUUCUAUUGAUUCUGGAAGCUUGCGGUUGCAGCUUUUAGAACGAGUUGAUGAGGAGCUAAAGAAGGGAAAUGAGAGGGGAGCUCUAUCUCUUAUCAAUGAGACACAUGGGAAGCCUGGGGGCCUUCGGUGCUUUGGAACAGCAAGACAGGUGCCACAAAGACUCUACAGCUUGGAUGAACUGAAGCUUAAUGGAAUUGACACUUCUUCCUUUUUAUCACCAAUUGAUGUAACACUGGGCUCGAUAGAGAGAAAUCUUCAGCUUGCUGCAGUUUUAGGAGGUGUUUCUGCAUGGUUUGCUCUUGGGUUUUCUCCAGCACAGAUAUUGUAUUUUUCACUCGGUUUACUGUUCCUUUGGUCAUUAGAUUUGAUCUAUUUCAACGGAGGAGUCAGGAAUUUGGUGCUUGAUACCAUUGGGCACAAAGUAAGUCAGAAAUAUCACCACAGAGUUAUUCAGCAUGAAGCUGGUCAUUUCUUAAUAGCCUAUUUGCUUGGUGUGCUUCCCAAGGGUUAUACAUUAUCAAGCUUAGAAGCGUUAAUUAAGGAAAGAUCGCUCAAUGUGCAAGCUGGCACUGCUUUUGUGGAUUUUGAGUUUAUUGAAGAAAUAAAUACUGGAAAGGUAUCAGCGAAGAUGCUGAACCGGUUUUCAUGCAUAGCGCUGGCAGGAGUAGCUACAGAGUACCUCCUAUUUGGGUAUUCUGAAGGAGGUCUUGCUGAUAUCGAUAAGUUGGAUACAUUACUCAAGAGCUUGGGUUUCACACAGAAGAAAGCAGAUUCUCAGGUAAGAUGGGCUGUGCUGAACACAAUUUUACUGCUGCGCCGCCAUGAAAAAGCUAGAUCACAGCUAGCUGAGGCAAUGUCUUUAGGGAAAUCAGUUGGCUCUUGUGUUGAUGUAAUCGAAAAUUCCAUUGAAGCUGCCGAUGUUUGAUCCAAAAAUGCAUACAACAUACUCCUGUCACUGUAUCCUCAAGGAUAUUAAUCCCACCUGUGUAAAUGUACACACAAAUACAUGUAGAACUAAUUUACAUACACAUGCAAUAUAUGAUGUAUAUUGAAAACUCCUCUUUCCAAGUUAAUUUUGUUGUGAAUCAA